AUGUUGUCACGCGUCGCAUUCUCUCGAGCUACUGCCAUUCUCGUUCGCGUCAAGCCUACAGUCGGUGCUAGACCAUUGGGCACGCUGUCACGACCUCGCUUUGCCGCCACUCCUCAUCAGAUCAGAAGUGCCUCGCAUGUGAACAACUUCAACAGAUGGCUGUCGACAAAGUCUGCUGCCGACGAGGCUAUCGAUGAAAUCACUGAGCUAUAUAGUAAUGCCAGAGAUGAGUUCGAGCUCGCCAUGGAAGAGACGGAGAAACAGACCGUCUACGCCGAAGCCGAUCGCCUAGCCGCAAGGGAAGAGUUGACAAAAUUGCAAGAAGCAUAUCAGAGCAUUGUCGAGAGCGCCGAAACCGAAUUGGCAGAAGAAGUCAAGAGGAGAAUCGGUCACAGAAUCCGCGAAUUGGAGAAUGGUGUCAAGAACAUGGAGGAUCUUGCCAUGAACCAAGACUAG